AUGUCCUACUACGAACCACAGGCAUGGCAGGCGCCUGUCCGACAGGCUUCCUGGGAACAACCACCCCCUCCAUCAAGAUCAGGAGCCAGCUCCACUUCACAGAGAGAAGACACAACUGCAUUUUCCAUCCAGUUCGAAGAGGUGGAUCGAGCUGUUGAUAAUCUCUUGAAGAGCGGGAAGUUUUAUUCCCCAUCGCCCCGAGCAGGCUCGAAUCCUGGCUACAGAUCUGGCAAUGACUAUGCGCAUCGAGCACAUCAUGGUAGACAGUCUGUCGGCGAUUUCGAUCCCAGCCGCCCACACUCGGGUUCAAACAUGCAAAAUUUCUACGCAUCUCAGCGUCACCAAGGUCAUCAGGGUCACCAAGGCCACCAAGGUCAUCAAGGGAGACACAACGAUGCUGAUCAAAUGCUACAAGCGAAACGGAGAAUGGCAGCCCAGCGAGAGCGAGAGCUCCGUAAUUACCAUCAGGAACAGCAGUAUAAUCGAAGUGUUCUAGCAGAAAUGUCGUCCAACAAGUCAGACCGAUCAAUGAGCCCGAGUACUCUCAGUGAGGAGGGUCGCCGCGAUCUGAUUGCACGCCAACAUCGUGCACUCUAUGGUGGAGAGGGAGCUGCCUUCGUGGGUCAGACUCCGUAUGGUAUCGAGGACAUCAACACCCGAGAUCAACCUGGUAGUACUCCAGCCAAUACAUCGACUGUCGCUCGAGGUACUUCUCCACGAUCAGCCGAUCCUUUUGGUGCUGCCGGACAGUCCUCGCAGACCGAUCAAAAUACUGCCGCAGGGCAAGACGCUUCGAGGCCCGAAAAAGCAGGCUCUCCUUCAGGCCAGGCCGCUCCAGGAUUUGGGUCUUUCGAUGCUCCAACUCAGUCCUCAGUCGGCAAGUCGGCUAGCCCAACAUCCGGGGAAGAAAUCUCUCACUCGAGACAGAUUUCGAAAUCGACGACAGCCCCUAUAUCUGGCGGUAUGGGUCCAAUUGGCUCAAGGCCAAAUGCUCAGCCGGCACCUAACCAGUCGCUAAACAAGCGUACGACCUCUCCUCUACCGUCCUCGUUAAAUUAUAACUUCGGAAAUAACGAACAGAUCAACGAUCGAGCUCCAUCAUCAAAUUCAAACUCGAAUGCGCAAAAAGAAUCUUCUCCAGGUUCGGGCAUGGGAGCUUGGGGCACCGGAAGCGGUGUCUGGGGAAACAACAAGAUUGGUACAACGUCUGUAUGGGGUUGA